GGUCGCAGUGGCGCUUCAGUUCACAGGCUGGUACCGUGGCGCGCGGUUGGCUGGCCUGCGUGCGGUGUGCGCGUCUUCUUGUCGAACGAAGGGAAGAGAGAGCCGGUUGAAAUUUUCGAUCGUUUAACGUGACAAAAGACGAGAUAACGACAACGGUUUCUCGCGAUUGGAAUAAUCGACUUCGGCGAUUAUUCUCCAUUGAGUGAUAUUCUCGACUUUAAUCCGACGUAUCUCUUUCGUCGCGCGAGAGAAAACAAGCUAGUAUUUUUCUUCUCGCGGCCAAUCGAUUAUGACGAAAUCUGUCGAUUGCGAUCAGUGUGAAUAGUGCUACGUCUACUUUAACCGCGCAAAUUGGAACGCAACUUUCAGAGUGUCGCGACGACGAACAGAUUGAAGUGACGCGCGGAUAAACAGAUCGAGAGAGGCGCGAGUGGUUGUCUAUCAUCGACUCGUCGCAGAGAAUUAUCGGCUCGGGUUAUAGAAGGGCGUAAUCGAGGAGCUCGUAAAGUGAGUGAGUGACAGUGGCGGAAGUGUGUGAUCGCCAGGACGACGGAGGAUAGGAGGGAAGUUCUUAACGACGUGAGUGUAUAGCGAGAGAGGAUCAUCGUUUCUCGAGGAUCGAGACGACGCGUCGCGACGCUCGUCAAAAACGUAACGGACCCGGACACAUCUCGCCGUCGUCUAUACUUUUGAGUGAUGUUUUGAGCACUACCGCGCGGAAAGAUGAAGACUGCGGUUGGUUCGCUCCUCCUUCUCCACCUCCUCAUCAUCGGUGUCGUCUCCGUCGAGUGGAAGCACAGCGCUGUUCUGGACAACAAUUUCUUGGUGCUGUGGACGCCCGGCGAGAGGGAUGUUACAUUCGAGAUCCAAGUGAAGACCCUCGGCUAUGUCGGACUCGGUUUCACGAAGGACGACGGCGGCGCCGGGGCUGACAUGGUCAUCGGUUGGGUCGAUAAUAACGGCCAGGUCCACCUUCAGGACCGGCACGUGAAGGACACCAGCAGGGAUCCGCAGAUGGAUUCGAGCCAGGAUUACCGGCUGUUACUGGGUUACGAGAACAAGACGCACACAGUGCUCCGUUUCAGCAGGCGAUACGACACAUGCGACCCGCGGGACUUGAAGAUCACGAACGACACGAUGCAAGUGGUUUGGCAAUAUCAUGUCGAGGAGCCGGUAUCAGCGGCCGGGGUCUUGCCCGAUCACGGCGCAGUACGAGGCUCGAGACCAUUGUACCUAGUGCAGAGGGACACGCAGCCCAGACGAAACUCACGUAAUCAGGACACGGAGCCGCCGCUGAAGAUCUGGGACAUUUUGAACAAACAGGUUCGUUUACCCAUGGGGCAAGACAUGCUGCUCUGGUGCCGUGUCCUGAGGAUGCCGAGCAUUAAUCACAAACACCACGUCGUGAAGUAUGAACCAGUUAUUCAGCCAGGAAGCCACGAAUACCUGCAUCACAUGACCCUGUAUGAGUGCCGUGGAGAUCAAGCCGAAUUGGAAUCCGCGGCCGAAACGAGCGGGAGUGUCUGUUAUGUUCCUGAUAAACCUGCAUUCCAGUGCAACACGAUCGCGGCCACUUGGAGUCUCGGUUCUGAGGGCUUUAAUUAUCCGCCGGAGGCCGGAUACGCGCUCAAUCCGUACACGGGGCCGCGCUACUACAUGCUGGAGACCCACUACACGAAUCCGCAGCUGGACGCCUUCAUCAGCGACAGCAGUGGCCUGCGUCUCCUUUAUACCGAUCGGCUGCGCGGCCACGACGCCGGCAUCCUCAGCAUCGGCAUCGACCCGAACUGGCGGCACAUAAUACCGCCAGGCCAACCCGAAGUGGUCUCCGAGGGCCACUGUAUCGCCGAAUGCACUGGCCAGACGAUACCGAAUAGCGGCAUCAACAUGUUCGCCGUGAUCAUGCACACCCACCAGCUUGGUAGGAAGGUCCGCCUGCGGCAGAUCCGCAGUGGUGAGGAACUAUCGCCGAUUGCCGCCGAUACCAACUACGAUCCCAAUUAUCAGGAGUAUCGGAGACUCCAGAGACCGGUCAAGGUGUAUCCGGGUGAUCACUUGGUCGCCGAAUGCACGUACUCGUCCGAAUCGCGGGGGGCCAUCACGCUCGGCGGCUUGGCAACGAGAGAAGAGACUUGUCUGGUGUCUGCUCUCUAUUAUCCUCGCAUUGAGUUAUCUCUCUGCUAUUCUUUACCCUCGUUACCGACAGUCCUGCAUAGCUUGGGAAUCCAGAAAUUAGUACAGGGUUCUAGCCCGGUAAUGAUCCAGGAGCCGCAGAAAUUGGCGGGUAUGACGCUGGAGGAGCGACUAAUCAGUUACGACUGGGAGUCGAACUUCCAGACCUUCCAGGAAGCCACCCGCGGGGGCACGUUUAAGCCGCUGUGCGGCAGCAGCAAGGGCGCUUUGCCCGGCACGGACAACCUCGAGGUGCACUACCCGCGCAUCCUCAGGCCUUACGAAGAGGCGAGCGUGCCCUGCGCGAAGAAGCCGCUGCGGAACAAAUUGUCGAUGCUGCUGAGCGAGGACGACGACAUCGGCGCGCCAGUCGACCCUGACAGCGACGAGUCGAACGCGGUCGAACGAGGUCAGCUGGUGCGUAGCAAAGUAUCCCGCAGCAGCGACGCUGGACUCACGGCCGGUAGUUCCUGCGGACGUACAGUAUCGGCAGCGGUUAUCCUGGCCGCCGUUACCGUCGUCGCGGGCGCCGCGUUCAGGUGAACAUCGCCGCUGGUCGAUCGGUCGUUCGAGUUUACUCGGAUCCAGGAUCGUCCUGAUGAUCGUUCAUCGCGAUCGAAUUCGCGGCGGAUGAUUCGCGAUACCGAGCAGCAGCAGCUGGAGUGCGUAAGUACAUGCCAAUCUCAGCGACGCGUUGUAACUUAGGCUUAGAUAGGUAUUAUCGUUCUCCGACCGAGCGCGCCCGGGAUUUGUCAAGAGAUUCGAUCGAUGGUUUUUCUUUUUCUUUCGGGCCGCGGUGGAAUGAUUUCUCCGGCACGGCUAGCGGAAUCUGCGCGUCGAAUAGUUUAGAAUGACGAUGAAAAUAAUCGAAACUGAUUGAGAUUUAUAACAUAUGUUUAAUUUGAGCGUGUAAGUUUAUACUGUUAAAAAUUUUGUUGACGUACCGCGCCGAUUUACAUUUGCGCGUUAUUGAUCGUAAUUUUUCAAAAUUGGAGUUACAUGUAACUUCUCAAGAAUAAGCAGUUUAUAAAAACUUGACACGCAUGCUCGUGUAACGCCAUGAUUUCGCCAGCCUUCAAUCGAGAACUUCGAAUUUCUGCGAGUGGGAAAGGACAAUUGCAAUCACCAUUCGGUGUAAAUGAAACUUAUAUACAAACAUAUAUCAUAGAAGAUGUAGUGGAAAUUAACGGAUCCACAUUAUCUCGACAUAUACAUAGGUGUUGAAGUAAAAUUAUGGUAAUUUUAUAUGAUAAAACAUCAUCAAAGAUAUCUCGUCCACCUGAUACUCGGAUUUUCCAGCCAGAAACGUUAACUCUUUCUUUCUUGGUUAGUAUAAUUAAUAUGAUCAUGUGUCGAGGAGAAAAUGUUUAAAAUAAGAAAUGUAGAAAUAAAUCUAACAUAUAGUAAUAAUUAAAAAUAUUUCAUUUUCCGGAAUAUUAUUUGAUCGAAUUAGAUAUUCUCUACAAAGAUUUGUGAUAUUUGAAGAUUUGACUUAAAAGGAGACUGUAUUGUCAUAUUUUUUUUAUAUGUCAAGGCAAAUAAUUCUAUAAAAGUUGUAGAUAUUUUUAAGAGAACAUCUAUGAGAAGCACCAAACGUGAAUAUACAUGUAUUUUUGCUCCGUAUAUUUAGAGAAGGUUCUUUCCCUGCAUUUUUAUUUUUGACAUUUGCAUGUUUUUUUUUUAAGUCGGAUCUUUAAUUUCUCCCUCUGUAAUAUUUUAGUAUAUGACGCGAUCUUUUGGGAUGAAGUUAAUUAAAUAUUCAUCCCAGUCGAAAAGCGCUCGACAGGAACGAGAGAGUUAAUGAUGCUGUAUUGGACGGAAACGGAUGUGGAUGCAUAGCGUGUUAAUUUCGCCCGCGGUGAAACCGAGCGCGAGAGAUCGGAUCUAUCGCGUUCUCGUUUCGCGAUCGGCUUUUCUCUUUCGCGAUUUCCGCUCGCGCGCACCGCUGUUAUACAAUAGAGAUUUUUUGCGAUACGGUAUUUCGAAAUAUCCAAGUAAACGCAGAAAUCCCACCGAUCGAUGGGAAAUACCUAUAAAUUACUGUGGAAAUUUUCUCACCUGAAAUUCUCAUUAUUAUUUAUACUCGCGACAUUUGCGUCUACUGUAUUCGAAAUUGCAUGCUAUCGCAGAGAAUCUGUAAUAUCCCGCGUGCUCGCGCAGGACGAUCGUAACAGGAUAUCUCUCGGAUACGAGCGCAUCGGCUGUGUCAUACGUUGGAUUCAAAAGUGUAAGUUGCACCUCAACGAAAAGGUAUAUACGCGGAUAAUAACGGAUAAUAACACGGGAGUUCUUCCAUUCUUUAUGUCAAAAUACAUUUGCUGUAAGCAUUCAAUAUACGUUGAUACGUAUCAACAAUCAAAAGUCCAAAAAAAAAAAAAAAACUGCAAAAAAGUUAAUCAAAUUUGUAUUGUAGAAGACUCAUAUGAAUCAUGCUUUAUGCAAAAUUAUUAUUUUUUUUUUUAUAUUCAUUACAUAUUUCCAAAGAAUAAAGAAAUAUAAUUAAUUAUAAUCAUACAUUGUUAAAAACAAUUACCAUUAAUCAAUUUUAUUCUUAAUAAUUUUUUAAAUUUUGCGUUUUGUAUAAUAUUGUAUUAAAUAUUAGUUUAUAUAAUUUUUAAUAUCAUGUGUGAGAGAGAGAACUGAUAAUAAUCGGACAAAUUCGUUCCAUACGUAUGCAGUUGCAUAAAUUGCUGGGAAGUAUUUCAUCCAUUUAUAUUUAAGUUAAUUAGUACGUCCCAUGAUCACACUGCCUGAUAAAACUGCCAUUCAUUGUCGUCACCUAAGCGUGAGCCAUUCCGUCAUUAUCGAUUUCGAGAUUAUUGCCUGAUGCAACCAUACGAAUGCUUGAAACUUUUUUUAAGUCGCAUUAAACUACAUCUAUAUUCGUCUCGAUGGCUGAAGGGGGAAUAAUUUAACAACGUGAGCAUUGAAAAUGCUAUUUGUCUUUUUGUCAACGUUGCCGAUCGAACGAGAGAUAUCUUCGCAAAUUUUCGCGGUUCUGUCGACAGAGCGUAAUUAUUUUAAAGCUUCUUUCGAUGUACUCGCGAGAGUUUAAUUGUUGGCUGUUUAUUUGGUGAUUGGGAACCGGUCGAGGCAUCGCAAUUCUCGCGAAAGAACGUUUCGCGGAUUCUAUUUUUCAGGGUACGACGUGGAGCCGAAGUUUUCAGCGCACUAUUUCCCGAUUUAAUUUAACACACCACAAAUUCAGUUGAAACACGACAAGAAAAUCGAAGCUUUCCUAUGAAGGGAAAAAUGUAGAGUCAAAUCUCGAGCAACGAAGAAUAAGUAAAUAAAACGAAAUCAAUAUAUUCAUGGCAACAUUUUAAUUUAAAAUCUCAUUAACUCUUUCCUUGUACAAAAAUAAAAAAAAAAAAAUAAAAAAAAAUUAAUCUGGGAGAACGGAAUUCGCGAGAAGUGUGCAUUGUUUUAUACGCUAGGAAUGUAUUUUCAAUUAUGAUGAAGAUUGUAUUCGCGAAAUCGAAUUUUUUAUUUCUCGCUAUUCCACGGAGAUUUUAAGAAAACAUCAUUUGUGGGAAAUAAUGUUCUGAUAAUUCUGGCAAGUAAACACGAUAAACCGGUAUAUGCUUCGACGUUCAUUGCUUCGCGUUCGCACGGUUCCCACCGAAGUCUGUACAUUUUGUUAAUUAGAUCGUAGCGAUAGGAAAUGCGUUUUUUAAAAUAAAGAUUAUAUAAGCAUUGGUUGAUUUGCACGCGAUAGCAAUUUCAUGCGAGAAUCUAAAUCUUGUUACAAGAAUCUCGUACUCGUAAUCUCUUUCGUUGAGCGUUUCACGCGAGGGUGUUACUUAUAUAUAUAACCAAGGUUUAUAUAUAUAUAUACAUAAAUAUAUAAAUAGAUACACUAUUAUAUAUAAAUAUUAUACAUAUUUGACGACUCUUUGUAACAUUCUGUACAGUUUAUUACGUGUAACAUUAUUCGCGCGCUUGUCAACGCUCGUUAUCGUACACGAGUGGUUAUUUAUUCCUUAUUUAAUGUAUAUAUAAAAAGAUUACUUGCGCAAAUCUUUCGACACAUCUUUCACUAUUGCGUACACAUACACAACGCAUAUACAUACACAUACUUUCUAUCUAUCUAUCUCGCACUAUCGAGAUUUUAAACGAGUCUGACACAGGGACACUCGAGAUUCUCCACAACAUAUUAUGAUUUCAACUAUCGAUUUUAUUAAUAUAUUAACGAUAUCGAGAAGUAAUGGAUAUGCGCUUGAUCAUGCGAUAAUUUGCGGUUGCUCAAUAUAUAAGUUAAGUUAUCAAUUAUAGUUUUGCGAUACUAUGAUUCAGCGAUUCUUCACUUUAUAAUGAUUUACGACGAAUCUUGUAAAAGAAAUUAUUUAAUUUUACCAAAGUCCUGUUUAUAUAUAGAUAUUCUCAAUUUAUUGAUUAAUAUUAAUACUAUUAUCAUCAUAUUUUCUGUUAUUAUUAGCUGUAUACUUCAAUUAGUUGCACAAUGCAAAUAAAUAUAAAUAUAUGACGUGCCUAAUAAACUUGUAAACGUUCUCAAGGGCUAAAUGAACGUAUUGAUCGAUACAAUCUGCAUGGCGAUUUGCAUUCGAUUCGAAAGCUUUUUCUCGAUAAUUUCCAUUUAAAUGACUCUCGACUCUCGGAUUUGUUCGUUACUCUAUCUCAUUUCGAAAUCAAACGAAACGGAAGUGUCCCUAAACACGCGCUGUUGCCGACUUCAAUUUUGCGCUGACAUUAACAGAGAGAAAAAGAAACGAGGAGCUUUGUUAGCCAAAAUCACUUUUGCAUUUUUUCAUCGAAUUCGUAUUUUUGGCAAAACAUUUUUCGGUGUUAAAGAUCGGGAAGGAUCUCUUCCCUUCCUGCUCCCCCUUCUAGUAUAGCGAAAUCUCAAAGGCGUAGACGCGAUUAAUUGGUAUUUCGCGGGCACGUGUAGUACAUUUUACAAUUUAAUAUUAACUGGUAAUUCGUAAAUGUGUCAUAGAAAAAUCUGUAUGUGUAGAGAAGAUUUUAGGGUAAUCGAAUGGUCGCGUCUUAACCCUUAAGCAGUCGCGAUAAGUCUCCCGAGUGUGUCUGACAAUAUUUAUUUAGUUGCAAUAUAGUAUAAUAAAAAAAUUUAUUACACAAA